UGCUGCGCUGUUAUCUGUUUGCUUUCUAUGAUCAACAAUAGGUGACUAGAAGAACAAAAAACAGGAUAGGUUCGCGGAGCUUUAUUUGCGUUCUGGGCAGGUCCGGUUGAGAAAUAUAGACGAGAUGGACGAUGAUCUCGGCUCAUUUGAUCCCAGCAUAUCUGAUGAGGGCCCAUCGCCUUCUGGAUGGCUGGGGGACAUGGAUGGAUACCAGGAUCAGGAAGGAGGAGACUCAUUUGAUCCAAAUAUACCUGAAGAGGGACCAUCAGCGCCCCCUCCUGGAUGGCUGGAGGACAUAGAUGGAUACCAAGGGCAUAAAGGAGGUCCAGAGGACGACGAGCCGCUGUACCCUCCGCCCCCCGCCUACAACCCCCAGCCUGAGGUCAACAGGAGCACCUCGGUCCCCUCCAUCCGAGUCCCGUCCAUAUCGGAGGACGUGGCCCGAGACGCUUUGCUCAGGUUUGUCGAGUCCAAAUGGAAAUACAGCUCCAAACCGGCCCGGAACCUCACUUUCAAGGACCUGAAGCCUGUCACCGUCUACCGGUAUCGACUGGAGACCUACACUGAAACCAGAACCAGCGCCUGGCAGUUGGAGCCCUACAACGGCCAGGCAGUGGACGGCCCCCAGUAUGGGGCGAGCCCCCCACCGUGGGACAUCCCGGUGUCGCUGCCUCAGAUGUACUCCAACAGGGUGGAGAAGAUCCCAGUGCCUCACUCGUCCUUCGUGAAGGUGUGCCAUAAAUGCCACGGCUGUGGGCGGACGCGCUGCGCCGGCUGCUUUGGCCGAGGAAUGAAACGCUGCAGCUUCUGCCAUGGUAAUGGGCGGGCCAGAAAAAAACGCUGCACUUCCUGUCAUGGGCGAGGCCGUCGCAGGUGUGUCAGUUGCCGUGGAGACGGCUACAAGACCUGCUCUGUUUGCCACGGAGCCCAGAAGCUGCUGCACUUCAUCCAGCUCACGGUCACUUGGAAAAACAACGUGAGCUGCUUCAUCCCGGACCGCCAGCCAGACUUCCCAGACAGGAAGUUUGAGAAGGUGUCAGGCGACCCAUUCUUCAUCGACGAGAACGUUCUGGUGUAUCCAAUCCACGGCUUCCCUGAUCAGGAGAUCUGCGACGUUUCAGCCAAACUGAUCAACGAUCACCUGUAUCGCUUCACCUCCACCAGCCGCAUCCUCCAGCAGCGUCAGACCAUCGAGCUGGUGCCCCUCACUCACGCCUUUUACUCGUACGGCGGGAAGGACUACAGCUUCUACGUGUACGGGACGGAGAACAAGGUCUUCACUUCCAAGUAUCCCACCGCCUGCAGCAUUUUAUGAGCUCAGCAUGCAGGAAGACGUACACAGAUAUACCCAGAUCACUGUUGACCUCUGACCCCACACUGUACAUACACAUUUUUAUCUGUGAUUAAAAGAGUUAUGGACUGCUUUAAACAUGCUGCCAUCAUGUUGGACCUUCAAGGUCGAAUUAGAAAAUUAAAACCUUCAUUGGUUCUUUGAGACACCUCCAGGUGUUCAGGAUAAAACUUUGUGCUGAAAUCAUUUUUAAAAGACAAUCUAAUAGUUUGGUUGGUUGCAACGAGAUGAAUACUUCCACUAAACUAUCCAGAAAAAUCUGAGUAGAGGGUCAGAGGGUCAGUUUGGGUCUGAUGGAGGAAAAUAGUUCUAAUGGGUCUAUAAAAACCAAACCUGAACAGAACCGAGAUACUUGAGGAUCAAGCAUAACUCCCCCUACUGGAACCCUGAGGUAUUACCAGCAGAUUAAAACAAAGAUCAUUUUAUCACAUUAAGGCCGAGAUUAAAAAAAGGUUUAUUCUUCCACAAUAUUUUGGACAUUUAUUAUUUAUAUCAGUUUGAAAUUAACUUAAAGGGCAUCACUUUUAAAGCUCAUUUAUAAUUUAUCAAUGAAAAUUUUUGUGUAUAUCAGUGAUUUUAUAAAAUAUUGAAGAGGCAAAAUUCUUUGUUUAAAACUAGAGGACACAUCUACGAAUGAAUCAGAAAUAUAGAACACAACCAGGUAAUAAUGUGAAAUAUUAAUGUAUCGAUUAAAAGUCCUCAGAUUUGACUGAACACAAUUUUUUCCUCUUCUUUAUUAUUUUCUGUUUUUGAGAUUUCUUUCUGACUGUGAUGAAAUCUAAACUCCUUUAUAUCAGCAACAGAGCCAGAAUUUGUUGGUUUGAUUUAAAGCAGGGCUUUGACUAGGACAGUCAGAUGAAGUAAAGACUGCUCCAUAAUUUGCCCAUGUUCAGAACUUUCAGUUUCAGUUUAAUUUUUCUUAGUUUUUCUUUUAUGUUGUGAUUAACGGGUAAACUACAGACAGAGUCAGUAAUAACUAGCGUAUUAUCUCUAAUCCAUGCAGGAUUAGAAUCAUUCAUACACUAGUACUGGGUUAACAUCUUUAUCAGUUUGCUUCCAUCCUAGAGGGUCGGUUUGGAUCAGAUGGAGUGAAAAACGGUUCAAAUGCUUAAUUAAAAUCCCAACUCUAUGCUACCAUCAUGGCUGUGAUGCAGCACGUACACAUCAGGUUGGAAAUGCAGCUACAGUUUGUCAUGAUGACCUUCUAACACUGAAAGAUUCUCAAUUCAAACCUUUUCUCUAGUUUUUCAUUUAUUUUGCACCUUUAUUACUUCAGUGGCUCCAUGGUGUCUCGGUCCGUCCUCUCCAUCUUAUCCAAAGGAAAUAUUUUCAUGUUUUAAACUUGUUGCUGUUUUAUUGAACAGCUGACUGAGAAAAAAAUAAGCUUUAGUGGAACCAGGCCACUGCCUCUGACUGUAAAUAAAACGUUUACUAAAAACAUGAAGAAACGUCUCCUGGUUUAUGAGAACAAAACAGAUUUUAUGUGUAUUUUAUUGAUCGUUGAUGAUUUCACCACUUUACUGUUAUAUAUGUGACUGUAAGACAAAUAAAACUAUAUUUUAUACAUCCAUAA